AUGCGCCCUCCUCUCAUGCUACGCCUGUGGCCUUUGCUUGCUGCGACUGCAGUCGAAGCGGUCCGCCGUGAAGCAGGUGGUGCCCGCGCGGAGCCUGCGGCGUGCCCGUGUGGGGCUUUGUCCCUGGAGUCCCAGUUUGCGCGCAUGGUCGCUGUCUCCUACGAUGAGAAGGGCAUCCGAUCGCUGGAGAGCUACGCCAAGGAGAUCUUCUCCUGCUACAGUUGGAGUGAUUUCUACUACAAGCUGCCAACUAAUGGCAUCGUCGGCCGGGUCCUUGCAAAGGCCGCCUGGAGCACUCCAACCGCCUUGGUGGGACGAUGUGCCAUGCGGCCUCAGAUGUGCACGGUGACCUUCAGCGGGGCCACCAACUUGAACUUUGUGGCCGGGAUCAUGGACUACGGUCCCGUCCGCCUGUACCGGAACGAGACGGGCGGGAUCGAGGAGGGAAGUCCAGAAGACGUGCCUUCCCACCGAUUCCACAAGUUCUACUGGGAGGUGUACAAGGUCUUCCGGAGUCAGAUUGGGCUCGAUGUGAGGGCGGCCCUCAGUGAGUGCACAGAAGUGUACGUCACAGGACACUCGAUUGGAGCAGCGAUGGCGGCAGUAUUCCAGUGGGAGAAUUUGGAGAGGAGGAUAUCCCAGAUUACCAUGGGCCAGAAUCUGGCUUGGUUCGGAACGCCCCCAGACGUCGGGUGCCGGGGAAGGCGGCUCUUCAGCGACCAGGACCCCGUACCCUACCUCAGAUGCUUCGUCGACAAGUCGGACGGCGAGGUCGUCCGGCAUGCGGCCGUUCCGGCCCAGAAGCUCGCCUACAGCAAGAGCACACAGACCUACAAGGCCUACGCGCUCUACGACUGCGAAGCUGAUACCCCGAUGGAUGCGGAGUGUGUACACGGAUGCAGCGCCAUCGGCCCGCACUACACCCUGCGCAUCGGCCUUGGCCUGUCGUCGCAUCAAGCCUCUGAGUACAUCAAAGCGGCCGACGAUGCCUUCCCACUCUUCUCCGGGUAG